AUGGAGUACGCGGCGGCGGGCGCCGGGGGGUACUACUACUACCCGCCCGCGCAGCAGCCGCCGCCGCCGCCGCCGCAGACGCUCCGCCGCCGCCCGCGCCCGGCCGCCCGCUGGGUCAAGCACUGGAUCCCGCAGGAUCUCGCCUCCCCCGGCUCCAAGUGCGCCCUCUUCAAGUGGGUCAGAGAGGACGUGUACAAGAAUCUGAAGGAGAACGGCGGCGCGGGGCAGGAGCCGGAGGCGCAGCCGCGCAAGGUCGAGCCGGCCACGGAGAUCCUCUUCCUCUGCAGCUACGACAACUGCGGCAAGACCUUUGUUGACGUGGCUGCCUUGAGGAAGCAUGCCCACGUGCACGGCGAGAGGCAGUAUGUUUGCCAGGAGCCCGGCUGUGGGAAGAAAUUUGUAGACAGCUCAAAGUUGAAGAGGCACCACCUUACUCACACAGGACAAAAGGAUUUUGUUUGCCCACAUCCAGGCUGUGGUAAGGCCUUCUCAUUGGAUUUUAACUUGCGUGCACACCUCAAAACACAUGCUGUGGAAAAUUAUCAUAUAUGCCCCUUCCCAGCAUGUGGCAAAAGAUUUACAAGCGACUUCAAAUUAAAAUGCCAUAUUAAGACACAUGAAAAGACUGGAUCUCCUAUUGCAGUGCAGCAUACACCACCAGCAGAAAAACCACAAAGCACCAUAAAGCCUUCCAUACAAGCAACCCCAAAGCCGUCUGCGCCCACACCACCAAGCUUUUCCAGUGAGCGCCCUUAUGUCUGCCCCUACGAAGGCUGUGGGAAAGCCUACAUCCAUGGUUACAAACUCAACCUCCAUCUCAAGACUCAGCACCCUGACCACAAUCAAGAAAACAACGGUAGGUCCGCUACACCUGCAGCGGAGUAUACCUAUGCUGCCGGCGGUGACAUCGCGCCAAACCCGAAAAGGAGCAAGACAAACCAAGGGCACAGGGCCCCUCCAUCUAACGCCUACAAUGUCAAGGUUUCCAGCAGGAUGGGUGUUGACACCAGUGGUGCAAAGAACCAGUGGCCAGGCAAGGGUAUGUAUGACGAUGACAGUGAGGAGACCGAGGAAGAUCCUGGUGGCAACAACGUAGAAGAUGGCUGGAGGUACGGUAACCAGAACGCCGAUGAUGAGGAAACAGAAGAAGAUGAAGACUAG